AUGAGACUCGCCACCGCUCUUCCUGCCUUCGCAGCCUUCACUCUCGAACGCACAUCUUCAUCUAUCUCGCCCCUAACCCUCCCUCUCAACGCAUCCAACCCUUCUAACCUAGUACCCCGAAACCAGCCACAAUCGAGCACCCUCGCUCUCGAAGCCCCCAUCCCGGGCUACGGCGUCGAAGACUUCACGUGGGAGAUGGACACGACACCCGGGGGGCCCACUGUGCUCCUCAACGGUAUCCCAGCUGUUAACUGUAUUCUAUCCAAAUACGUAAAUCGCUACCUAUAA